AUGACGAUCGCGAGCCACAACAACAUCUGCAACAUCUGCUGCCUGCGACGACGUGAGCUGUACAAGGACGACCAGUGCUGGUGCAAGACCAAGCUGCCCCAGGUGGUCCUCACGCACGACUCCACCAAGACCUUCGCCGACUUCGACUUGGCCUCGCUGGCCACCACGCCCAAGCUCUCGGGAAUCUACUUCGAGACCGAGGACGAUCGUAAGGCCGCGCUCAAGCUCUGGGAGUACUCGUGCACAGUGUGCCACAGCGCCGGCUAUCGCUCCAUCGGCCAGCUCAAGCGCCACCUGCAGGAGGAGCACCGGCUCUUCUUCUGCGCCGUGUGCCUCGAGCACCGUGCCGCCUUUGCGCACGAGCAGCCCCUCUUCACCAAGAGCGAGCUGCAGCGCCACCUGCAGGGCGACAAGAACUCGGACGAGGCUCACCAGCGCUGCGAGUUCUGCAACCGCAGCUUCUACAACAAGGAUCACCUCUACAAGCAUCUCACCGAGAAGCACGAGAGCUGCCACAUCUGCCAGCAGCAGGGCAUUCUCUUCCAGUACUUCAAGGACUACGAUGACCUCGAGCGACACUUCGGGAAGGAGCACUUCCUCUGCCCCGAGAAGGAGUGUCUGGAGAAGAAGUUCGUCGUCUUCCGUUCGGCGCUCGACCUUCACGCGCACGACGUGGCGGUCCAUCUGGCGCACCGAAAUCUCAGCAAGGAGAAGAAGCGCGAGGCGGCCAAGCUCAGCCUCGACCUCGUAUUCUCCGACUCGCCUUCGCGCGGCGCCCAGCGCGCCGACGUCGGAGGACCAUCGCCUCGACGAGGCGGAGGACGACACGGCGGACGCCGCGGCGGUGGCUCCGGCUCAUCGGACGAGGAUACCCCGACCCACGACGACUACGGCGAGCUGCCCACAGCGCCGCGUACGCCCAACCUCGAGGAGGUCCAAAGCUGGCCCACGCUCCCCGGCGGUGAGGCUGCCCCGUUGUCUGCUCCCGCAGCGGCUCAGCCGCGACGCUACGUCGGCCUGCGCGACGAAUGGGGCGGCGCGCGUGGUGGGUCGAGCGGCGGCCGUGGCGGCCAGGAGCUGUGGCCGUCCCUCGCGGGCGGAUCUUCCAAGAAGGGUGGCGCCAAGAAACAACCCUCCAACAGCUGGGCGCGCAGCGUCACCAGUUCCUCCUCUUCUUCGUCUUCAUCAUCGUCAUCAACCCGCGGACCCGCGCCGCCGAGCUUCAGCGACGACCCCUUCAGCUGGCUCCCGCCACCGCCCCGCGCCGAACACUAUGGAGGUAACUACAGCCACGGCGGCGCUGGCGCCGUUCGCCCGCUGCUGGGCGUGUGGGGCGGGCAACCGGCCGCGCCGGCGCCGACCCCGGCCGGCGGCAAGAAGUCGAAGAAGGGCAAGCAGGUUCUCUUCCGGGCUGGCUAA